AUGGGAUCUUCACAUUCUACUAAGUCGGCUGGCCCCAUAGAAGAUCAGGUUAUUGCCUGUGACCUCACUGACGAUGAUACCUCACAAGAUUUGAGUAGCUCAGGCAGCGCCGACGAAGAAACAGUUUUACCAAAUUUUUCUGUCUCAUCUUCCGAGGGACUUUCAGAGAGUUCUGAAGCAAGCUCUUUUACCCAUAAAAUGACCUGUAGUGGUCACAAGAACUCUCGACACUCAGCCAUCCUUAUUUUCGACCUUGACGAUACCCUUAUCCCAACUGAAUGGAUAAGAUCAACUUUCGCAGCUCAGAAACAUAAGCAUGCCACCACUGACGAAGUGUACCAAGCAAUCAAGAAGGAGCUCGAACGCAUCACGUCGAACAAGCUUACGCCAAUUAUCUUAAGCACACUCAAGAGGGCGAAAAAAUGGAGUGAAACAGUUGCCAUUGUAACGAACGCAAGGAGCGUUCGGUGGCUGUCAGCCAUGAAAUCUCUCUUUCCCGAGGUUGUUCAGCUUCUCCAGGAUGAGAGCAUCCCUAUCAUUCGUUCUUGUCCAGUAGGAGAAGAGCCAAGUAUUCAUGAAGCGCCUGCUUAUUUUUCUUACUGGAUGAAUGCCAAGAAGACCAAGUUUCUGGAGGUUAUUCACCAGCACUGCAAAGAAAACAGCAUCGCGCCUUCAAGAACGAUCGAUCUGAUAUCUAUUGGAGACAAUGAUUUCGAAGAAUACGCUGCCUUGCGAGCAGCACAUGAACUUUCGACAGUGCGACUAGCAAAAGUCGUCAGAUGCCGUUCAGGUCUGGAGCCACAGUCAUUCUUGCACCAACUAAAGGAAAUAUCUCUUGCCAUCGACCACAUAUUUGAAGAAGGCAUGCCUUGUGCCACGCGGCGUGUUGGGGCAACCGUGACAUACGCUAUUCAGUAA